AUGAAAUCAGUAACUACAUAUGCUCGUCAAGCAUUGCGUCUUCAAGGCAUUGCUGCCCGAGGACUUUUGCUGACGCGUUCGGUCCGACCGGCGCAACUACGUGUGGCAACAAAUAACGCAGGAUCUUCGGUCUGGAUCAGUCGCAGAUUCAACACAGGACUUGCUCCAAGUAAUAAUAACAACAGUAAUAACAAUGACGAUGGUGAUGGUGAUGGUGAUGGAAAAGCCGAAAAGCCUUCGUACCACUUGUCCUUUACGUGCAAGAAAUGCGACACCCGCUCGGGCCAUGUCAUUUCCAAGCAAGCAUAUCACGGUGGGACCGUAUUAGUGCAGUGCCCUGGAUGCAAGAGCCGACAUCUCAUUGCUGACCAUUUGAAAAUCUUCUCUGACGAACGAGUCACUUUAGAAGAUAUUCUGGCAAAAAAAGGCCAGACAAUUAAAAAGGGAGUCACUCAUACAACCGACAUUAAGACCAGAGUAACGCCCACUGGAGAUAUUGAGAUUGAAACUGUCAAACCUGAAUAA